UUUUUGAUCAUGCGUUUUAGGUUUUGGGUCACGAGGACCAUCAUGCGGAAAUCCCGGGGAUGUGAUUAUCAUCAAAGCAAAACUAGUUGUGAGUGUAAAUAGUGAUUUAUUCAACACAAUAAGCACAGCUACGUUAGCGUUAAAACAAAAUGUCGUCGGAAGAAUUUGAAAAGCUGCACGAAAUGUACCAAUCACUGUACGAGGAGCUGAAGAUAAUGCCGGAGAGAGCUCUGAAAUGUCACGGAGAGGAGAGGAAGAGGCUGGUGAGGACUUUCGAUGAGAGGCAGGGGGAGGCGGAGGAAGUGUUAGAAGGAAUGGAAGAAGAGCUGCGUGCUGCACCGUCAACCUACAGAAAUGCGAUGAGUACAAAACUGCGCAUGUACCGCCGGGACAUGGGCAAGCUGCAGAGGGACAUGAAGAGUGCUGCUCCUGGCUCUGGCUCUUCUUCCCAGGCAGGGGAAGGAAGCCAUCAUGGCAUCUAUGCAUCACAAAACCAACAAAGUACUCACCAGCAGUCCCAGAGAACCUUGCUCCUCCAGGGCUUAGACUCUCUGAACCACGCCAGCCAAAGUAUUGAACGGAGUCAGCGCAUCGCCGCAGAGACGGACCAGAUCGGCACAGACAUCAUCGAGGAGCUGGGGGGGCAGAGGGAACAGCUGGACCGCACCAGAAACAGAUUGGUUGAUACCGGAGAGAACCUCAGUCGAAGUAGAAAAAUUCUUCGUGCCAUGUCACGACGGCUGGUGACAAACAAGCUGCUGUUAGCUGUCAUCAUUAUAAUGGAGUUGGCCAUUCUAGGUGCUGUGGUUUAUCUGAAGUUCUUCCGACGAUGAUCAAACUAUCCCAUCUUAAAAAAGACACUCUGAGCUCUAAGCUCAGACCCAGACUCUCUACAUCUGACUAUCCUGCAGCAAUAAUUCUCCUCUGCUGUAUUCAGCCAACUGUUUCUGUGGGUGCAAAUAAGGACGAGGAGAUGCUUCAGUCUUAAAGUGAACCUUUACAGAGAGGGGACUCUGUCCAUGGGCAGGUGAAGUUUAUCUGACAAGAAUAAUGAAAUGUUGAACCUGUUAAUGGACCAAACUUACUUCAUGCACAAACUGUGAUCUGAGAUUUGCACUGUUUUAUCAGACUGUUAUUAUACCAUUGAAGCCCUG